AUGCAUCCUGAUCCUUUGGAUGAGUGGGCAGGCGGAGGCAACACUGCUCAGGGCCCAGCAGCAUCCAGUCUAAUCCCGGGCCAUCCACCGCCGCCAUGGCUUCCCGUGGGCCGCCCCCUGCCGUGUGGGGGGCACGUGAAGGCGUGGAAGGAGGUGGGGAGGAGGGCGGGAUCCAGGCCGCCUAUUGGCUGGGCUGGGGGGCGGCCCAGAGGGCUGAAGUUUGCAGCGAGGAGCAGGCCACCGCCGGCCGUCCAGGGGCCGUUGUUGCUCUACAGGCCUUCGGAGGUGCGAAGGUUGGAGGACAUGACGAGGAAGUUGGGCGGUGUGGCAGGUGUGUUGCUGGGCGCAUACAUCUUCCGGGUGGGUGCUGAUACCCCAACUGCUUGCUGCUGCUUCUUUAUCUCCCGGAAGAUCCCGCGUAAAUUUGUGGUGGACUAUUAUGAGACGAGCAGCCAGUGCCCCAAGUCAGCUGUCAUGACUCUGCCAGCAAGAAGACAUCACAAGAUGCAGUCCCGGGACUUUGGACCAGAAUGUGUGACAGCCAUGGAAAUGUCCAAAUCUUCUCUUCCUUCAAUGGCACGUUCUAAGGCAAGUCAUUGGCUGGCCUUCUCCCGCGGUGCCUUUGGAUUUGACAGCGUUCCCACCACCACAACUCUUCUCAGGCUGUUUUCACAUCUGACUGGAUGCAUGGAGCUCCUAUAUUGGCCACGUCUUAUACAAAGCCAAGAGUUUCUUGAUAAAUGUGUUAAUAAUUCAGUGCCCACGGAAGUAAAGAACACCCAGAAACAGAGCCUAUGGGGUAAAAGAGCCUGACGGAGGCUAAGCCAUGUCUUGAGUCAAAUGGUAAGCACUAAGGUUGAGAGUAAACACAAAUUUUCCCUAAAAGAGGAGAUAUAUUCUCUAAACAAUGAUAGGUAAAAUAAAGCUGUUUUGGAGUUCAGUGUAGAGGACUGAGAUGUUUCCAAAAGACAAAUUAGGGGCUGUCACAGCGUCAUGAAGAAUGAGACUGUCAGCAGCGACAAGAAAAGAAUUAGUGACAAAGGCCCAGAGUUGUGAAGCCAAGGUUUAUGUCUCUCCCAGCCAGCAGGGAAG